AUGGGGGAAGCAAAAAUUUUAGUAGAGAUUGAGUUGGAUAAACCAUUCCCCAAGCAAAUUGUGCUUGAUGACAAGCAAGGCAACAUCUACUUGGUGGAGGUUGAGUAUUCUUGGAUACCUAGUGCUUGUGAAAGAUGUGGAGCUUUUGGUCAUAAAGAAAAAAAAUGUCUACUACCUGUUAAGACUCUUGGAACAGUUCCUGUUACAAAGGAUAUUCAGACACCUAAUGAAGAGAUCCCAAUGGUGGAUAUAGCUAAGCUCUUGCAGCAAACCCCUGCUACCCCGGUUAUCAACUUGGAACAAAAUUCAAUCUCUGCUACCACACAUCAAGCGCCAGCGACUCCAAAAAGGACUUCGCUUACUGGUCGCUUUGAGGAACCCGGUAACGGACCUUCCACCAAUUUACAUGAGGUACAUUCUAUUCAUCGCUCUAAGUCAGACAAUACUUUACUAUCGUUAGCAGUCACUGUUGCUGCGCCAUCUUCGUCACAAAUUAUAGAGGAAACUCCAUCUCUAGUUCAUAUUACAGAAGCCUCUAACUCUCUAGAGAAGGAGCAACAUUUUGGGGAGAGUUUUAAUAAAGACUCACCUAACUCUCAAAACAUUUAUCAAAUCCCUACCGAGAACCAACUCGUUUUUGGAAAUGAUAAAGGUCACUUAUUGGUUGGAGAAACAUCUGGUUAUAAUACAACUAGAGGAGGAAGACCAAUAAAACCGACCCAAAAAAUUCAAGAAAUAGAAUGGACAAUAGUUAGAGGAAGGGGUAAACGAGGUCGUCGCGGUCGAGGAUCCUAUUAUCGCUAA